AUGACACCUCACGAUGACGUGGCAAUUCAUCCACCUGUGCCUGAUGACGUGGCAAGUCAUCCACCUGUGCCUGAUGACGUGGCAAAUCGCCCCCGUGUGUUGGUCUUGGGCUCUCCCUCUGUUGGCAAAACCACCCUCGCACAGCGAAUCACAGCCGCACAACCCCACGACAACAGCAGCAGCAGCGACGCGGUAGCGGGCGAGUGCUUCAGCUGGCAGGUAGACACCAAGUACUACACGGCAGCAGUGGCAGUGGUCACGGCGCGCCUAUCCUCUGUGCCUCCCUGCGGCGCCACGGGUCCCACCUCGCCCCUCGUGAGGGGCGCUGAGGCGCUGCUGCUCGUCUUUGACCUCUCCAAUCCUGCAUCAUUCACAGCAGUGCAGCGGUGGGCAGAGCAGGCUGACGUGAGUCGCUUUGAGAUCCGCCUGUGCGUGGGCAACAAGGCGGACCGAGUGAGGCGUGGGGGCAGUGGGGGGCACAGCAGCAGAGGGGUGCAACGUCGUGGGCGGCAGAGGGAAGGGGGGAAAGAUGGGGACGAGCACACAGACUUUGAUGGCGCCCUGCUGCUGGUUGCAGGCAGGGGGGAUGGGGAUGGGGAUGGGAAUGGGGAGGGGGAAGGGGGAGGGGAGCAGGAGGGGAGAGAGGGGGAGGAAGUGGGGGAAUUAGCUUUGGCAGGCGAAGGGGAGAGGGAUUGGAGCAAAGAGGGGGCAGGUGAGGUGGGUGGAGGGGAGGAGGGGGAGGUGAAACGGCGGCAGUGCGAGGAGUGGUGUGCGGACAAUGGUAUUGAGUAUGUGGAGGCGUGUGCUGCCCAUGAGGCCAUCGAUGCUGCCCUGGGCACGGACGGUGACAUGCAAGGCAUAGAGCGCAUUCGCACUGCCCUGGGCACGCACAUGUGGCCGGGGCUGACCCUCAAGGCACAAGGGGGGACGCGGGGUGGUCCCAUGCAGGGCCUGUCGCACCUCAUGGAAUUGGGGGGCAGCGAUGCAUCACACGUGCAUGAAGGCCAACCCGACUCUCCACAUUCGUCCUCGGCAUCAGAGGGCAGUACUGACAGUGAGAGUGACCCCACCUCCUUGGACCCAGCGCACUUCCCCUACCACCGCCUGGACGACGCCCCUGACCCCGCGCUGCCCCACUCGCCCCCGGCACGCACCUCCCUCACCUCCGCUCCCUGCGCUGCUUCUGCUGCUGAUGGGCUAGCGGACCAGCGGACGGCGCGGGGGAGGGGCGGGUGGAAGGCGGGCAUGGGCGGCAGCGAUGGCAAGGGGGAAAAGGGGCGCGUGGUGUGUGUGACGUGUGGGGCGCGGCGGGAGCAGCUGUACCGCGUGCACUCGCCGGGGAGCAUUGAGGUGCUCAAAUGCGGCGAGUGUGGAGCUGCAGCCGACCCCUACGUCGAGUGCGACCCCCUGCUGGUGCUGCUGGACGUGCUACUCUUAAAGCCCCAGGCGCACCGCCACGUGGUGCACAACCUCGUGCUCGCCUCGACCGUCCCCCUCGCUCGUCCGCUGUGCCUCGCCACGGCCCUCAUCCUGCUCUGCCAUGCCACGCUGCUGGUGUUCCGGGCGGCACACGGCAUCACAGUUGACCCCGCCGACCUGCUCUCCCUCCCCAUCAUCGCCCAGGGUGUGGCAGUAUCGCUGCUCUCCAAGCUCCUCUUCCUCGCUCUUGUCUUCUUCUCCCUGCCCGCUGCCCGCCACCUGCUGAGCUGGCUGCCUGCAAUUGGACCACCUCACGCAGGCAGCAGUCAGAAGAAGCCACAAAGUGUGUCCUUCCCACUGGUCUUCUACAGCCUUCUCCUCUCCAGCCCUCCAGAGUGCCUUGCGCUCCCGCUUCUGAUAUGGAAGUACGAGUGGGGUAUGCUCUUCCUCUCCGUGCAAGUGCUGCUCUUCGUCUCCCACAUCGCCUCCUUACAAGCUGUUUCCUUCAUCCCAUGGCCAGCAGCAGCAGCAAGCAUAGCAUGUGGGCACAUGGCCAUACAUGCAUUUGAGAGUAGAGCAUGUGCAAUGCUUGCUCAAAGCUAUUGGAUGGCGGGGCGCGCGGGGCGCGACAAGGGCGCGCUGCGCGCGAUGAUGCGCGAGAUGGCGCAGAAGACGGAGAAGCGCAUCGACUCCCCGCUCGUGAGGUACAACGAACUGGGGCAGGCCGUGUGCCGAGUCUGCACCACGGUGAUCAAAUCCGAAAGCCUCUGGGCCGCACAUCUUGUCAGCAAGCAGCACAAGGAGGUAGGUCUGUCUGUCCCGUACCCCCCGUCCCUCACCUCACCCCCGAUGGGUGAUGGAUCGCCCAGCCCUUCGUCCAAGGAGCAGCGCUUCAUUCAAAGCAUGCUUCAGAGGAGGGGGGAGCACAAGGGGGAGUCGACCAUUCAAAGCAUCUUCCACUCCAGGAGGAGCAAUGCAUCUGUACUUGCUUUGUCCCCUCUCUCUCGCGCCCUCCCUGCCCCUCAGGCCCUCUCUGCCUCUCACGCGCUCCCUGUAAACCCGAAACCUUACAGCCUUUCCAGUCAUCCCUGGGCACAGUUCACAACCACAGAGCCAGCCACAUCUACUGCGCGCUCCUCUUUUCUCUCUUCGCUGCAUCCCCAACACCAUAGUGCGGAGCGGCUCAAGCAGAGAGCCAAGGCCGCAGCACCGCCUGCCACCGCUGCUGCCACCAGUGCAGCGCAGCGAACCACAGCUGCAGCAGCCCCGGCAGCGGGUGGCGGAAGGCCUUCCUCCGCUGCCGCUGCUGCUGCCGCUGCUGCUGCCGCUGCUCCCUCUGCUGCUGCUGGGGCCCUCCCGAGUGACUUCUUUGAUUCCGCAUCCGCGGCUAAACGGCCUCGCCACGACCCGCCCUCCGCCACCCCCUCCGCAGCUGCGUGUACAGCAGCAACACAGCCACCAGCAGCCGCGUUGCCUGGGAUGUUGCCGGAGGGGUUCUUUGACAGCAAGGAGGCGGACCACAAGGCAAGGGGCGUGGAGGUUGCACAAGGUGUGGGAUUAGAUGGGUUCUUUGACAGCAAGGAGGCGGAUCACAGGGCGAGGGGCGUGGAGUAUAAGAAGCCAGACGCCGAGUGA